CUCACGUAUCCGUCCUUGGCUUCAAGCUCUAGCCUUCCCUUCCAUUUAUUAAAUACUCUAAAACCUAAAACCACCCCUAAGAAAACCACCUCUCCAACUUCCAAACCCUUACAAAAAUCCCCCCGUCAAGGUUCCCAAAUCCUUUCAAACCACCCCCGUCCCCAAGACUCAAUCUUCGAUCACUUUCAUCGUCCAUUUCCCGAGACACAGAAGACUCUUAACCGUUCAAACACUUUCAGUUUCUUGUUUUCUGAUGCCACGAAACUCGAGAAAUCAUUAUUCCAUUCAAGAUCGUCGUCAAGUAAUCGAAUUUCUAAUAUUUUUAUUGUAAUUUUUCGUCCAUGUCCCGUCAAGUAUUGCUCCGCUCGCCGUCCGUUAACCGGAGACAACUGCUGCUACAUAAGUCGAAGACGGAGGCGGCCGCGGCCACUACAAGAAGCAGUAGUUUUGCGGAGGUGGCGGGCGGGACGGCGGGGAAGUGCGCGGCGGUGUGUUGUUGUUGCCCAUGUGGGUUGGUGAAUUUGCUCGUGUUGGCUAUUUACAAAGUCCCCGCCGGGCUGUGUAAAAAAGCGCUUAAAGAGAAGCAGAAAAAACGGCUUAUUAAAAAAGGACUUCUGCCGCCUCGUAAAAAAAACAAAUGUAAAUGCGGCAGUGAGGAUAUUGAACUUCAAGUUCACCCGGUUCAGAAUUUUUCGGAAGUAAUAAAAUCGGAGGAGGCUGAGAAAGAAGUGAUGAAAUUGGAGAAGGAGAUGUGGGAAAGAUUUUACAGUACGGGAUUCUGGAGAAGUACUUCUCAGCGAGAAGCACUUGCAGAAAAAUGAAAUAACUGUAAAACAAAACACCUUUUUCUGGUAAAUAUUUUAACCAGAUUCUUCAAUUUCUUGUGCAUCAAUCUCUUUGUCAUUUUGAAAUGGUCAAAUUUGAUGGUGGCAUUGUUGGUUUUGCUA